AUGUCGAAUUCAACUACUACUGUGAUAGAUAAGAAUAAAUCCAAAUCGGGGGAACCUAGGAACCAUUUAAUGUCCAUGUGGGAUAUAUUAUUCGGAGAUGCGCCCAAGGAAUGGAUCGGAUUCAAACCCACGAAAGGUGCUUUCGUAUAUCCUUGUUACGCAUGUAGAAACUUGUUUUCAUCGUUGGCUUCUUUACAAGAUCACGUUAACAGGAGAAUAUUGAUUUUGAAAUACAAUUGCACUCACUGUUCUACACAAGACAUGACGUUCUACAACAGGUGCUCCCUUUUAUUACACGCCCGAUCCCACUUUACCUCGAACGAAGGCAAAAUCAAUCUGAGCGACAUGAAAACCCUCACUCUACCGUUACAACUAGCAGGUUUCCUACCCGUAGCAGGAGUACCGAUGAUAUACGAACACGAAGAAGAACCAGCAGACGACAGUCGUUACUUGAACGUACAAUUCUACGUGCCGAAUACCAACGAUAAGGGUAAAGAGAUAGUCGUACUGAAACCCACCGAUUUCGUCUACAACGACACCCACGAAAAACUAGCGUUGAAACAAAUCUGCGAAAACGUACCGAAAUGCCAAUUCAUCGCGCUCGACGAACAGGCCCGUUCGAGACAGUCGUUCGUGAAAGUCGAACUGUUCGAUUACAUCGAUCAACUAACCCUACCCGUCAUAUCGAAGGUGGAAUCGCUACACGACAAAUCCCAACGAACCCAGCGUUGUUUGGACUGCGACUCGCCGAUCGACACCACCAUGGCCUCGCACUAUCAGGGCGCCAACAAACCCACCGACGACGCCCUCACCUGUCCCGUGUGCAAAUUCAUCGCGUCGAGCAAGUGCUCGUACAGCGCCCACGCGCGCGUCCACAACCACCAACCGCCCCACGUGUGCCCCGAUUGCGGCGAUGUCUUCGCCGAUGCGCAGGCGCUGCAGCGCCACCUCAACGACGUGUGCUUCCACAUCGCCAAGAACGUGAAGUACCGGUGCUCGGGCAAGCGGUGCGGCAAGCUGUUCGCCUCCCUGGGCAACCUGGCGUUGCACUUCAAGCAGCACUUCCAAGCCGCCUUCGCCUGUUCGACGUGCGGCGGGACGUUCUACGAUGAAGCAUCGGCGGACAAGCACGCGAAGUUCCACGGCGGCCACUGCGACUUUUCGAAGGUGUUCAAGUGUCUCGUUUGCGCCGAUAAAGGGCCGUUUGGAGAAGGCGAUUUCGCCGAGCACAUCGACAGUCACAUCAACGCCAGUCGAUCGGGGGUUUACGUGUACAUGUGCAGAAGAUGCAGGAGCUACUUUAGAUCCACCGCGACGUUCGCGACGCAUUCGUCGCGGUGCUCGAAGCAAUGUCCCGACAACGGGAUAUUCAUGGAGUGCGACAAUUGCAAGAGCAAGAACUACUGCGACUUCAACAAGACGUUCGGUUGUUGUUGGAAGUGCAAGCGACCGCCCGUCAAGAAAACUACGGUGCUGAAGAGGUACUUGUGCAUCUUGUGCAACGAGCACAUCCAGUGCGAGGAUAAGCUGAGUCACAGGAAGAAUUGUAGAUACGCUUAUCCUAUUAUACUACUGAGGAACAUCAACGACGAGGCGUUGUCGAGCGAGAAGGUGCAGGAGAAUCGUAAAUCGCCGAGGUCGCGCUACAGCGAAUCGCCGAAGUCCGACGAAGGCGCUAAUAAGAAGAAGCGGAAGCGGAAUUUGUGCGUCAGGCCGAGGCGCGCCGAUCGAGACGCCGCGCCGGAUCCGAUCGCCGAGAAUCCCGUCCGAUUCGACGGCACCUACUACUGCAAAUUGUGCGAUUACAGCCAAGCCGUCAGGGCGGCGUUUCACGCGCACGUGAAAUCGCACAGGGACAUAUCGACGGCGUACCAAUGCAUGGAGUGCGGCGAGUGUUUCGUGGUGAAACCGUCGCUGUGCAAGCACCUGCGCCAUUUCCACGGCGUCGCCGACGGCGAGGCGUACUUGAACGAGAACGAUUGCUACGACGUGGGCGCCGUGAAGGAGUUGGAGGAUAACAUGAGGCUGGCGCCGGGCGAAAGCAAGGAACCGGUGAAAGAGAACCAAUGCAGGGUGUGCCUGGCUGUAUUCGACGACGCCGUCGAAUUGAAGACGCAUUACAGGAGCCACGGUAUGGCGUUUUUGCUUAAGAAUGUUAAACAGGUACAAUAA